UAUCUCCCCUAGAUUUAAAUACACCAUUUUAUGUUAGAUGUCAAAUUUUCUGUAGAAAUCCAGAAGCUAAAUUCUACAUCAAUGGCAAUGACAUAAACAUCAUCUUGAUAAAACCACAAAGGUGGUGUACAUGUAAGGUUGGAUUGGUACCUUGCUUUCCUUAACACUCUAAAAAAAGUAAUAAAUAGACAAAGACAAUAUAAGAAAUAUUUUUUUGGUACCGGGUAUAUAUCCAUUUAUAUAAGCAAGUUUGUUGCAUGUAAAAUUAGUACAGAUUGUUUGCAAAGAAUCAAAACUGUACUAAUUGAAGCUUCAUCAUGAGUUUAAUGAAUAAGGUUGCCUUCUACCCAACUCUCUUUUACAAUGUGGUGAUGGCCCAGGUGACUGGCAGGAACUGGUAUGAUAGAAUAGAUGAGACUGUUUUACUUGGAGCACUACCAUUCAGAGGAAUGACAAAAUGGUUAGUAGGAGAAGAGAAUGUUAAAGGGGUGAUAACACUGAAUGAGGAUUGGGAACUGGAGCAGUUUUGUAAUACCACUGAGGAAUGGGAGAAGGCUGGUGUAAAGCAGUUGAAGAUACCUACUGUAGAUUUUACUGCCAGUCCAAGUCAGGAAAAUAUUAGAAAGGCUGUUGCAUUUAUUGAGGAUUAUCAUAACAAAGAUUUAGGCAGCGUGUAUGUUCACUGUAAGGCUGGACGAACCCGUAGUGCAACCAUUGUAGCGUGCUAUCUAGUCAAAAUCCAUGGAUGGUCACCAGACAAGGCAGUGGAAUUUAUCCAGGAGAAAAGACCUCAUAUAUGGUUACGUGACAAACAACUUGAUUCCAUUAAUGUAUUUUCGAAGAUGUGCAAUAAUAAUAUAAUAACCCACCAUCGGGUGCUUAACUUAUGUGUA